CGAUUUCGAAGUGAUCGUAGGUAAAACGGCUUUUCUUUCGUAGUCUUGAAUCUUUGGACAGUGAACAACUAAACAACAAAACAACAAAACAACUAAAAAUGGAUUAUUUUAAUCAAGCAGAACAAAUUCUAUAUGCAAUUCAGCAAAUUUAUGCUCAACAAAUAAUUGACGACUUCAUUAUACCCCAACAAACUCAGCAAUACAGUGGAACACAGCUCGAAAGGUUUCAUCAAAAUACUAAUCGAAACUACUACAACCAUAAUGGAAAUGUACCACAAAUAUAUGGGCAACAACAACAGCAACCCACUCUGGCAAGAUAUAACCGUCGGAUGCCACAACAGUUGCCACACAUGGUGCUGAAACAAAGAAAAGUGCAACACAUAAUUGCGCACCAUCAAUUGGAAAGGACUAAAGACAAAAGACACGAGAAAAAACCACAAAGACAACCGAAUAAAAUACACAAUGCGAAUAAACCUCAAGUGGUUCGAAAAACCACUAAACUUGCUGCUCCAAGCCCACAAGUAGUCGCUUCACCGCUGGGCGAACACCAUUGGCUCAAAAUUUCACAGUCGGAGUUAUUGGCGAAAUUACGACAAUAUGUGAUCGCACCGAAUCUGUUGCCCAACUAUGGCUAUCCCACUGAAAGCACAGUGCAUAACGGUAAAGUUGUAAUUUUCAAGCAGUUAGCACCCGCUUUCAAUGCUAGCACCAAUGACAUCGACGACAAUGUGAACCUAGCUGAGUUAGAGCGACAACUCGUGCCGAAUAAGGAUGCAGUAACUAAGCAAUGCGUACGUUGUGAACGUCCCUUUCAAGUCACAAGCGCUGGCGUAUAUUUGAUGCGAGAGAGAUGUACCUUUCAUUGGGGUAAACUGUACAAAGUAAAUACCCGCCAUAACAAAUACGAUAAACAAUACACUUGUUGUGGUGGCUCCAGCGAGUCAGUGGGCUGUACGUCUAAUCCGUUGCACGUAUGGACCGGCGUUGUGCCCGGCAUUAAUGGACCAUAUGGCGAUUUUGUGCACACACGCCAACUUACCGACGAGCCCAAGGUGUACGCACUGGACUGUGAAAUGUCCUUUGUUGGACAUGGACUGGCUUUGACGAAGAUCACUGUGAUCGGGUUUGAUGGGCAAUUAGUCUAUCAGCACUUUGUGCGCCCCAUUGGUGCAAUUGUCGACUACAAUACGCGUUUCUCUGGCAUAACCAAAAGUGACAUAUCCAAAUCGAAUAAGCGAGUUAAGACACUUGCCGAGGUGCAGCGUGAUUUGCUUCAGAUAAUUGACGCCAACUCAAUACUUAUAGGACACGGUUUGGAAAAUGACAUGAGGGUCCUCCAAAUCGUCCACAAGACAGUUGUCGACACUUCAAUAGUAUUUGAACAUACCAACGGUUUUCCUUAUCGGCACUCGUUAAAGCAUCUGACCAAAACGUAUUUGAAACGUAACAUUCAAUUAGAUGGCCAGAGUCACGAUAGUUUAGAGGAUGCACGGGCGUGUUUGGAGCUGAUGCUGUGGAAGGUGGCCACUGACAAACAGUAGAACUAACUAAAGGAUUUCGGUUGUAAAUACUAGGAACAUGACACGUUUGUUUGGGGCUCCCUUAUAGCAACGCUGUGGUGGCGUGUCACUCCACAUGCCAAAGAUGUCGCGGAGUUUUGCCCUCCGUACUUCUCAAAUAUCACUCCACCACAGUCCAAGCAAAAUUACGAAAGCUUCGUUUCAUGUCUGUAUUGGGUUAGGAUUCUUUUAAAGUGUUUGGGUUCACUCGAGAAAUUGUUUUGUAUGUAUGAGUAAACGAGAGAGAUGGUUGAUUUAGUGCACAAUAGGCUUAACGCUGGUCUAAGCUGGUUCGGCGCCUAUGUGUCUCCCUUCUCAACAAAUUGAGAGAUGUGUAUUGUGAUCAGAGUUUGUAUGAGAUGAGAGUGUAUGAGUACAUGAGUUUUGUUGCUUAUGAGUUGUGUAUCCCGAGCCUGAGGUUGUUUUUCCUUAAUAAUUUAUAAGUUAAGUUUAAGAAUGUAUUUGGAGAUUAAAAUAUUCUCAAGUGAGAACUGUACUACUUCGAUUAUUUAAAAUAUAUACAUACAUACGUGUGUGUUCUUGUGAAAAUUGCAAAAAUUAAAAUAAUAAAAAUACAAAUUUAAUAAA